AUGGCUAAAUCAGAAGUUACACUAGAAUAUUGGGAGCACAUAGAGGAAAACUUAAGCUCAAUAGUGAAUUCGGAGAACGAUGAUUAUUGCCUGAGAAUAUUGAAACUGAGUUAUAGCCACUUGCCUGCCUAUCUAAAGCCUUGUUUUUUGUAUAUGGGAGUGUUCGAGGAAGACAUAAACAUUUUUGCUUCAAGAGUCGUCCAACUAUGGGUUUCUGAUGGAUUUCUUAAACCAAUAGACGACAAAAGCAUGGCAAAGAUUGCGGAGCAGUACUUGAAAGAACUAGUUGAUAGAAAUCUCAUUCUAGUUCAUGAGUCGGGGAUACUUGGGGAUGUAAUAUCCUACAAAAUUCAUGAUUUACUAAGAGAUCUAUCCAUAAAAGAAGCUGAAAAACAAAGGUUUUUUUAUGUCUUAAGGGAAGAAAGUCCUCGAGGACUAAUUAGCCAACAACGUAUUGUUAUUCCUACAAACACUUCAAAGGAAAAAAUACAAGAUGCCUUGGAAUAUAUGCCCCAUGCUCGUUCUUAUCUAGUAUUUGGUAAUCAAAGAGUUGGUCAAUUCUCAAAUUCUAGAUUUUUGAGGUUAUUGCAUUCGAAUAAUUGGCAGAGUGAAGCGGAGUAUUCACAAGUAAAUGUGUUUAAGUUGAUGAACUCGCGAUACCAUAGGUUUGCAAUUACUAAUAAGAAGUUUGUAAUUCCUUCUUCCAUCAAUCUGCUUUGGAAUUUAGAUACACUAAUUAUUCAGGGUGGAGAAGAUUUAAUUGCACCAACUGAAAUCUGGAAAAUGUAUAAACUUAGGCAUCUCGAGUUGUAUGAAUUGCAUCUCCCAGAUCCUCCGAGCGCGGACGAUGACAUUAUUAUCAUGUUGAAUCUAGAAGUGCUCAAAGGAGUGAUAAAUUUGAAUGUAAGUGAAGAUGUUGUUAAAAGAAUUCCCAAUAUCAAGGAAUUGAAUAUGACAUAUGAGGGACAGCUAAUUGAUGGAGUGAACUAUCUGAGCUGUCUUCACUGUCUUAGUAAACUGGAAUCCUUGAAGUUGUGGGUUGAGUCCCCUGAUAUUGGAGAGUAUCUACAGAAGAUCAACUUCCCAACCUCUCUUAAAAAGUUGAUUCUCGGGCUACCAAGUGAUUUUGAGGGGGGCGACAUACUGCCAACGAUAGGUUCCUUGCCACUUCUUGAGAAGCUCGAUUUAGGUGGAGGUCGUUUCAGAACACGUGAGUGGGAAACAAUGGAAGACCAAUUCCAGAGUCUCAAGUCACUAACAUUGUCUGAAUGUGGUGAUCUAGAAAAGUGGACAAUGUCAGAGAGCUCCCACUUUCCACGUCUUAUAAAGCUUCAUCUUCGAUCGAUACUUGAAUUGGAGGAGAUUCCUUCAGAAAUUGGAGAAAUAGCAACACUCAGGUCAAUUGAAUUGGAAUGGUGCAAUGAAUCGGUGGUGUUUUCAGCUAAAAAGAUAAUAGAGGAACAAGAGGAAUUACAUGGAGACCAACUUGACCUUAUUGUUCGCGCUACAGUUCGGAAGAAAUAUGCAGCGCUGCAAAAGUUGGCAACUUCCAAUUUUAAAGUUACAGUGAGUCCUUAA